AUGUCGGACGAACACGAAUCGCAUCGUCGGGCAUCCCAGCCCCUCGUCAUGCCAUCGGCACGGACGCACAAAAAAACCCUCUUCAAGACUUCGAGCUUUUUCUUUGCAGGGCUGAACGCCCUCCGACCGCGCACGAAGCGUUCAGAAAAUGAGUCGGUCAUUCGACUUGAUGCACAGCAGGAUAGCAGUUUGGACUCCAUUCAGCGCAUUAGUGUUGUUUCACGAUCAAGCGACGACGAAAAUGUCGACAAUGGCAAAACUGUGGCCGAGGUGUUGUCCAAUCCAACGAAACAUCGGGACCGAGUUGACGAGUUGCUCCGUUGGGAUGCUGGAAGUGACAUCAAUACUGGGGACGAGACCGACGAUGCCGAAAUAUCGUCAAGUGGAAAGUCCUCAGUGCAUCUUCGAAACCAACAUGCCCCGACCACUAAAACCAAAACCAGCCAAGCUACCGUGAUGUACUCUAUCUCGUUCUACCCGUGGAAGAUGGAGCCGCACUGCUAUUAUUCUCACCCGGAAGCUGCAGCAAACUGGGUCCCCGAUACGGCAAGUACUCGCUGCCAGAUUUGCCUAGCAGCAUUUACCCUCACGCGUCGACGACAUCACUGCAGAUUAUGCGGACAUCUCGCGUGUGCAAAUUGCUCACACGAUCGAACGUAUUUACCGUUUGCUGGAUCAGCACCCAGCCAGCACCGACUCAUUAAGGACGGUGCACCUCAGCGCACAUGUAGUGCGUGUGCAAGUACAUUACGCAAUAUGGCAGGACAAGAUGAUCCUCGUGUAAAGCGCUUCACAGUAGCUGUCUCCUCAGCACGACGGCGUAAGCCUGUUGCGUCAGUAAUGUCGAAAUCGUUACCACAGUCGGUGGUUAAGGUGGAGGUGGAACGCCCCUCUCCGUGGUUGAGACGUACUGGUUUGGCUUUUACUGACAGCGAUAUGGAGGAUGAAGACUCAACCACUGCGUCCACGAAAGCGUUGCAACUUGAUCAAUGUGCUCGUGAAAGUACGCACCAUAUGCCUCUUCGUCUAUUAGUCACUCCGGCAGAAGAACUGGACGAAAUUCUAAAUGCCCGAACGUCUUCACUAGUGCACUCAGAGAUGAAUCCGCGUGGCAAUCUUGGUAGCAGGCAAUUUGUCAUCAGCUCGGCAUGGCUUAAGCUGUGGCUGCGGUAUGUUCGUGUGGAUCCAGCCAGUGCUGAAGCUGAUGCAUCAACGCGAAACACCACGCGACUAUCGUACCAGAGCUAUAGAAAUGGAGCACGCAAGAAAAAAUCGACUGCGAAGUGUCAAAUGGCAGGACCUCCUCGACCAGGGCCUGUGGCGAAUUACAUACUCCUGGACUUCGUGAAUGGUGAAUUAGUAUCCAAGCCUAACCUAGAACGAAGCAGAGGAAGUCACGUUGGAGGAGAUUAUCGAAUUGUUAGCCAGGAAGUUUGGGUCUCUUUCUUACACCUUUACGGUGGCGGACCAAACAUUCAAGUAUCUCUCAGCAACGAUAUUGCUAGCAGAAAAGUAGCAUUUAACGACCAAUCUCGACUGCUGACACGCCCCCAGUGGAUUGUUUCGGAACUGGACGAUUUGUUACCAGCUAUAGCAGCCUCUCCUUCCAUCAAGCGCUAUUCUCCCGCCUCGAGAAAGGGAGUGAAGUUCAAAACCAUUCGCAACGCUUCUACGAACUUGAGACCAAGACCUCGCUCAGCUUCUCGAAAACGCUUGGUCUUGGCAACCUCAAUACCUUCACUCGGUAAAAAGAGAACAGGGCGUUGCUUAGAGAAUGAUGAGUCUCCUCAAUCAAGGCCACACAGUCGAUGGAAACUGCGGGAAGAAGGAGGCUCGAAAGCUCAGUCGAAGACGAGAAGUCAUAAACAGACUUCGGCAUUCGCGAAGAACGACGCAAAGAAUUCCGUCAUUGAUGGCUCUCAAACUUCUACAGGAGAUACGAGUUCCCCAUUAGCUGCUGUGUCGGCAUUCGCCAAUGCGGCCACCCUGGCUCGUCAACGUUCAGCUAAAUCUCUCUUGUGUCAUUCUGCUCGAACGAAUGGGGAAGCUGAAUGA